AUGAGACCUAGAGAAACCCCCAGGUCCCGGGACACUGAGGUUGGGGGGAGAGACCUCGAUCGCCGGACAGUCAGCUUCCGCGCUUGUGGCGAGGUAGCAGGCACCGCGACCCGUUCCCCAGGAGAGAAUCCUCGGGGAAACGUGCACCUGGGGGGGCAGAGGGCCCAAAUUAAGAAUCAGGGUACGGGCGCUGAGACCAGAGAGAGCCCCUCGGAGGGGCUCCUGGCCCUGGGGCCCAAGCGGCUGAGGCCCAUGUUGGGGAAUAUCUUGAGCAUCUCCAAUAACAACUACUACCCCGUCGCUGUGACCCAGCUGACCACUGAGGUUCUGCACCUGUCCCUCGUGGUGGGGCAGGUCUCCAACCGCCUUCUCCUCCGCAUCGGCCCUCUGGCCAGUGAGCAGAUGUUGUAUACGGUGGCCAACAGGAUAUGGGACGAGAACACAUACAAGAUCUGUACCUGGCUGAAAAUCAAAGUCCACCACGUGCUUCUGCACAUCCAGGGCACCCUGACCUGUUCCUACCUGAGCCAUUCAGAGCAGCUGGUCUUCCAGAGCUACGAAUAUGUGGACUGCCGGGGAAACACGUCCAAGCCCCACUUGCUGGUGCCUCGCCCGCCGUGACCUGUCUGCUGUCGUCGAGCUCCGGGCACCUGCCGGCCUGGUCUGUAUCUCCCACCACUCCGUGGCACCCAACAGGACGAGAGUGACUUUGCCAGAGGAAAAGCCCUGCUUUAUCAUACCCUCCCCCUGUUCACCCCCAGCAGAGGAAGCUUUCUGUGGACGUUAACUUCAUACACACACACACACACACACACACACACACACACACACAGCCUCACACCCUCUCUGAUUUCCACAGGAACGGAAGCCUGGUUCUUCUCGAGGCCAGCACCAGAUAUUCCCCUUGGUCCUGAGGAAAGUCUGACCUGACAUUCCCUCAGAGCUGCCUCAGAGGCAUGGAGGGGCCCCCACACUUUCUGUGCUGAGCACCUUGGUUGCCCAGCUCGUCCAGGGAAGACCUUCCUCCUGCCUGAAUGUGGAGAAAGCUUUCAUUUUGUCUGGCUUUUAAUACAUGGAUCCUUUCCAAGUUCUCCACCUGGUAAUGAGAAAGUGACGUGGGGGACAGCCAGUGUUGUCCCCAGGGCCUUUUAGGGAACCGUAGGUGCUCUCCUAGGCCGCCCGGCUUUGGUCGUGUGACAGAGUGAUGGUGAUGGCCUGCUUCUCGCCUGGUAACUUGUCCCCCACCCAUCUGACAGCAAGAUUGGCCAAGGCCCUUUGGCUCUGCAGCCUUCCUGGUUCAAGACUGUCUGGGCCCCCAGGAAGUCAGAGGUGUUCUGCAGCUAAAGCUUCUCCUCUCCAGAAAGCAGUUUUAUUAUUCUCUUCAUAGCAGGAAGCAAAGUAGGAGGGGAGGGGAAGGAAGGGAGGCACCGGGCACCCCCUGGGCCUGCACAGGAAAAACAGAGACAAAGCCAGAGUCAUUUUAAAAGGUUUUUAUCGAAGGAGGCCACAAGCCUGAGCCCAUGUGAGUGGACACAGGCAGGUCAAACGGUGGGUGCAGCUGCUCUCCCGCUGGAAACCUGCAGAGGUGAAGCCGAACUGCUGGGUUCCGCUGCACCCCCAGCCUAGCCCCAGGGCACCCUCUGCUCCCAGAGGCCUGUGCUCUCCUUCGGGCACUGAUGACAGUCCGGAGCUGCGUAUCCGUCGGGACUGGUCUAGGCCGUCCCCUCUUUGCUGUCACUCAGACGACGCGAAGCCCCAGGCAACCCCCCGGGUUCUUUAGGCGAGCAGGAAUUGUGUUUGCUCACCAAAGACGGUUACGGUUUCCAUCACUCAGACAGGCAGAGAGGUGAGCUUGAGUAGCAGGGAAAGCUGAGUUUGCAGUAGGAAGGACCGGAGAAGGGGACGUGGGGCCAGAACCGGGUGAGGAGCCGGCCGGGGGGAUGAGGGGAAGGAAGGAGUUGGUGCUGUCUGCGCGCUUCCGCGCCUGGGUAACUGGCGUCGAGGUGGCGCUGGUAAGAGCACGGAAGUCCGCGAGGGCCGGGCUGGAGCUCACGCCGGGUGGAGUUCGCCAAAUGUAACGGACUUAUAUUGGAGUCAAUAAACGGUGCUUAACGA